AUGACCCAUUAUUUCUUCCCUUCCAAGUCCAGAGGCGCAGGCAGUGGAAAUGGGGCCACCUCAAGCUUCCUGCUCCUAGAACUAGAGAGAGGCAAGGUCUCUCGUUGCCGCCCGUACCCAGCACCGCAGCAGCAAGGCUGGACAAGAUGGAGAAAUCAAUUAAUAGGCAACCCUCCAAUGUUACUUCUGGAGGGCGGCCCCUGGAGCGCGGCGGUGGCGAGGCGGUCCGUGGAAGGGCUCGGGGGAGAGCGGGAGGGAGGAGGCGUGGUGGCCCUGGCCGGCUUGACUCGGGUCUCCGCGUGGGUGCGGCGCCUGUGCGGCCUGGCCCACGUGUGCCCGGCCGGCGCGGGCGGAACCGGCGCUCCUGCAGAGGGAGCUGUGCGCCCAGGCUGGCGCACGCAAGGCGCCGCCCGCUCCCUCUUGCCGCCGCCGCGGCCGCUGGGCCCGCCCGCCGGGGAGGGGCUCCCGGCUUCGCCGACAGCUGCUUCCUGCUUCCCGCACGUCCUCGCCGCGGCGCCGCCGGUCCAGUCGUGCGAGCCUUGCUUUCCCGAGAGCCGCCAGCCGCCGCCGCACGCUCGGCCCCUGCGCGCCCGCUCACAUCCGUACCCGGAGCCCCGCGCCCUUACGUUUCUCCCUGCCCGCCGUGGCCAUGCUGUCGUUCCAGUACCCCGACGUGUUACCGCGACGAGGACCGCCGUGCAAGAUUAUCAUGGCCAUAAAAUCUGUGACCCCUACACUUGGCUUGAAGACCCAGACAGUGAGCAGACAAAGGCUUUCGUGGAGGCACAGAACAAGAUCACUGUGCCAUUUCUUGAGCAGUGUCCUAUUCGAGGUUUAUACAAGGAGAGAAUGACUGAACUGUACGACUAUCCCAAGUAUAGUUGCCACUUCAAGAAAGGGAAACGGUAUUUUUAUUUUUACAAUACAGGUUUGCAGAACCAACGAGUAUUAUAUGUACAGGAUUCCUUAGAGGGUGAGGCCAGAGUGUUCCUUGACCCCAACCUACUCUCUGACGAUGGCACAGUGGCACUGCGGGGCUAUGCAUUCAGUGAAGAUGGUGAAUAUUUUGCUUAUGGUCUGAGUGCCAGUGGCUCAGACUGGGUGACGAUCAAGUUCAUGAAAGUUGAUGGUGCCAAAGAUCUUCCAGAUGUGCUUGAAAGAGUCAAGUUCAGCUGUAUGGCUUGGACCCAUGAUGGGAAGGGAAUUUUCUACAACUCAUAUCCCCAACAGGAUGGAAAAAGUGAUGGCACGGAGACAUCCACCAAUCUCCACCAAAAGCUCUGCUACCAUGUCUUGGGGACUGAUCAGUCAGAGGAUGUUUUGUGUGCUGAGUUUCCUGAUGAACCUAAGUGGAUGGGUGGAGCUGAGUUAUCUGACGAUGGUCGCUAUGUCUUGUUAUCAAUAAGGGAGGGCUGUGAUCCAGUAAAUCGACUCUGGUACUGUGACUUACAGCAGGAAUCAAAUGGCAUCACUGGAAUCCUGAAGUGGGUAAAGCUGAUUGACAACUUUGAAGGAGAAUAUGACUACGUAACCAACGAGGGGACAGUGUUCACGUUCAAGACAAAUCGCCAUUCCCCCAAUUAUCGCCUGAUCAACAUUGACUUCAUGGAUCCUGAUGAGUCUAAAUGGAAAGUGCUUGUUCCGGAGCACGAGAAAGACGUCCUAGAAUGGGUAGCUUGCGUCAGGUCCAACUUUUUGGUCUUAUGCUACCUCCAUGAUGUGAAGAACAUUCUACAGCUUCACGACCUUGCCACGGGCGCCCUUCUGAAGACCUUCCUGCUCGAGGUCGGCAGCAUCGUGGGAUACAGCGGUCAGAAGAAGGACACUGAGAUCUUCUAUCAGUUUACUUCCUUUUUAUCUCCAGGUAUCAUUUAUCACUGUGAUCUUACCAAAGAGGAACUGGAACCAAGGGUUUUCCGAGAGGUGACUGUGAAAGGAAUCGAUGCUUCCGAUUACCAGACAAUCCAGAUUUUCUACCCGAGCAAGGAUGGAACAAAGAUUCCAAUGUUCAUUGUGCAUAAAAAAGGCAUAAAAUUGGAUGGCUCUCAUCCUGCUUUCUUAUAUGGCUAUGGUGGCUUCAACAUAUCUAUUACACCCAACUACAGUGUGUCCAGGCUUAUUUUUGUGAGACAUAUGGGUGGUGUCCUUGCAGUGGCCAACAUCAGAGGAGGUGGCGAAUACGGAGAGAGGUGGCAUAAAGGUGGUAUCUUGGCCAACAAACAAAACUGCUUUGAUGAUUUUCAGUGUGCUGCCGAAUAUCUUAUAAAGGAAGGUUACACAUCUCCCAAAAGGCUGACUAUUAAUGGAGGUUCAAAUGGAGGCCUCUUAGUGGCUGCUUGUGCAAAUCAGCGUCCUGACCUCUUUGGUUGUGUCAUUGCCCAAGUUGGAGUAAUGGACAUGCUGAAGUUCCAUAAAUAUACCAUUGGUCACGCCUGGACCACUGAUUAUGGGUGCUCGGACAGCAGGCAACACUUUGAAUGGCUUAUCAAAUAUUCUCCACUGCAUAAUGUCAAGUUACCGGAAGCAGACGACACCCAGUACCCGUCCAUGCUUCUCCUCACAGCCGACCAUGAUGACCGCGUGGUCCCGCUCCACUCCCUGAAGUUCAUUGCCACCCUUCAGUACACCGUGGGCCGGAGCCAGAAGCAGCUCAACCCCCUGCUCAUCCACGUGGACACCAAGGCAGGCCACGGGGCCGGGAAGCCCACAGCCAAAGUGAUAGAAGAAGUCUCAGAUAUGUUUGCGUUCAUAGCACGGUGUCUGAACAUCGACUGGAUUCAAUAAAUGGAAUUCCCUGUUCCCUCCUGACAGCCACAGAAAACCUCAAGGGCUUUGUCUCCGUUAAAACCUAGAAACCACUGGGCAUAAUGCUUACCCACAUGAACACUGCACUCACAGACUGCGGUUAAAGAGAACUGCUGUGGGAAUUUUAUCUUUUUUAGACUUCUCCUUUUUAGCAAGCCCUUGGAGUUACUUUUUCCACCUGUCCAGGCACAUGUUAAAAAAAAAAAAGGCAUGUUCGGAUAAAUACCUAAGUGGCAGCCAACAUGUUGUGAAUGCUAGAUUG